UCAUAAACAGGAAAUUCUAAGAAUACUUAUCACUCAAUCUAGGAAAGAGAAAUAAACGCGUCAAAAGUUCAAAAGAUGAUCCUCAUUGUUUAUGAAAAUAUGUAUGUUUUGAUUCCGGAUUAUGGAUACAAACUUCAUAAUUUCUUUUUUCAUUAAAUUGGUUAUUGUAAAUACUAUCAAGUAUAAUUAUCUUGUAAAGAUGAAAGAUGAAUUGAAUUCUUCCGAGUGGUCAAUCAAUAUGUUAUCUAAGAACACAUUGUUUUUUGAUUUUUUCUUUCAGACUUUCACUUUUACUAUGACAAAUGUAAAUAAGAAUUGUGUGACUAUCAAUGUUUCCUACCAAAAGAAAAUGUUCCAGAUGAAUGUUUUUAUCGCGAUCAUAGCGAUUUCACGAGUCGUUAAAAAUCAACAUCACAAAAAAGUUCAAUGUGGACGCCAACGUUUUAAAAGUUUAGAUCCUUUACUUUGUGUUAACCGUAAGUCUGAAUGUGAUUCCAUAGUGGUUUACCUUUUCUACUCAAAGUACACAAACCAACCAUUCUUCUCAAGUUGUUAUUCAUCGUGCUCGUAACAUUUUGAAAAUAAAAAUUGUGUCUUGAUCAAAAUGUAUCAGAAUGAUUUGAAUUCUCGAAAUAUAGUAAAAGAGAAUAUCGAGAAAUCAACACAUGAUCUCUAAUUUAUUCCGAUCAUCUGAACGGGAAUCAACAGUAACUCCGGCAUAUUAAGAAAGGUUCUAUAUAAUGUAAA